GGGUAAAAGAGAAGUGUGACCGGCGUUGAGCGCAUAUAGGUAGUCGUGAGAGGAGUCAGUCGGUGACGGGUUGUGUCUUUAGUGCUGUAGUGAAGAGUUUGUCGAGCCGCUUGUGUUAAAAAAUGAGCUGGCAGGAUUACGUUGACAAGCAGCUGCUCGCGUCUAGAUGUGUUACCAAAGCUGCAAUCGGAGGACACGAUGGCAAUGUCUGGGCAAAGUCUGAGGGCUUCGAAGUGAGCAAAGAGGAGCUGGCAAAAUUGGUCCAGGGAUUCGACGAUCAGGAUAUUCUGACCUCGUCGGGCGUCACCUUGGCCGGCAACAGGUACAUUUACUUGUCGGGAACGGAUCGAGUGAUAAGGGCAAAACUUGGCAAGGUCGGCGUUCACUGCAUGAAGACGACGCAAUCGGUAGUUGUCUCCCUGUACGAAGACCCCAUACAGCCACAGCAAGCCGCGUCAGUCGUUGAAAAACUCGGGGACUACCUCCUGGCCUGCGGCUAUUAGUAACCUCUGGGACCCAACAUAAAUAUCUAAUAUUAAUAUUAAACGAUACGGUCGAUUAUUUUAAUGAACAGCGAGUGGAAUGCGUCAUGCCGCACGAGUCGCGCCGGAACUGCCGCAAGCUUGCCGCGUGACGUUCGAUGAGAAGCAACUACAUCAGCAACAGCAACAGCAACAGCAACAGCAACAGCAGCAACAACAACAACAACAACAAGAACAACAACAGCUAUCAUAUUUCAGUCGUCGUUCUCUCCUCUUCGAUUCGACUCAAUAUUCGGCAAUAAGCACGUACAAGUAUACACGAUAUCUUUGGAAAUACUUAAAACACUUACAUAAAGACGAACAGAGCCAAAUUCAUAUACAUACAUAAUAUACAUACGCACACACAUAUAUACGUACGAUGUGCAUUAUACGUGGUAAUAGAUAUAUAUCGAUUGGCGAAAAGGCAGCGGGAAUUGUGCGAUCGCAAUCUAUCUAGCCUUUUCGUUCUUUUCUUUUUUUUCUUUUUUUUCUUCUUGUAUUUUUAUUUUAAUUUAGCUACCGCGUUUUUUCAUCUCUUAUAAAAAUCAAUAAUUGGUUGUAAUUCGAUGAAAACUAUACAUCUACGUGCACAUAUACACGCGUCGAUAGAUCAUUAGCGAUCGUGUGCGUCGAUUCGUGGAUGGAGAGACAAAUACACAAGCAUGCAUUAAGUAUAAGAAAUAAUGAUAAUAAAUAAUAGUAAACUAUUGCGUGUUAGGUUUACAGUCUUUUUUUUGUAGAGAACGUAAGGAUGCGAGAGAGGAGUAAAGAGAAGGCAAGAAAGAAAAAGAGCGCAUGCGUGAGAGAGCAGGGGAGGCAGAGAGAGAAAGAGAGAGCGAAAGGGUUAAAGAAUGAAAGAGAGAACAAAUGAUAGAGAGGAUGUUGGAAAGGGCGUGAAAGAGGAACGAGUGUUCGGGAAAGAUUCCAACGAGUUAAAAGGAAGCGAACUAGCGCGGGGGGGGGGGUUGAGCACGAAAGAAGAAAACAUCGAUUUCGUGAGAAUUAAACAUGAAUUGAGAAGAAUCGAAACAAGUCGUGUCUGGGGAGGUGCGAGAAAAAGCUCUUUUACAGGAAUAAAUGUUGAUAUCAGUCUAAGAGUGACGACUGUAACGAUUAAGACUGUGACGUGACGUGACGUGACGUGAUGUGACGUGGUGGACGAUGACACUUUACAAACGAGUGUGCGGCGAAGAGUGGAACGGCAUGAAUUCGUUGCGAUCCCGAUCGAUGGAAUUCCUCCUUCCCCUCCCCAUUGAUGCAGUUCUUUUAGCUGUUUACACUUUUCAUUAUUAUUGCUAUGCGAAAAGGGAAUGAAUCGACGAACGUUGUAUAACAGAGAUAGAUAGGGAGAGAGAGAGAGCGCGCGAAAGAGAGAGAGAGAGAGAGAGAGAGAGAGAGAAAAAGAAAGAAAGAAAGAGGAGAAAGUGGGAUGGGGGUGAGAAACGAGUUGAGAGUUGCAACACGUACACCAGGAUGAUAUAUAUAUAUAUAAAUAUAUAUAAAUCUGACAUACGCAGAAGCGCGCGAUAUGCAUACAAAAUACAUUACACACGAUCGCGCGAAAGUUGAAGGAUGGGACUCUACACGGCAAAACGGAUGUUUCAAAGUUAUGGCACCGAUUUGAAAUCAUUGAAAGCAACUAACUAACGUCCAUUUUUCCUUAGUUCUUGUUCUUUUCUUUUUCUUAUUCUCGCAGCUGCUUAAUUAUCAUCGGUACUCGUUACCCAAAGUGUAUUACGUUUGAAUAGAACAGAAAUAUCUGCUAAGAAACAGCAAGAGGAUUCGAUGAUAAAAUCAGUGUAGAAGAAGAUAUUCUCAUCGAAAUAUGAAGUCGAAAGAAUUGAAAAGUAAAAGAAAAAUAAAGGAUUCGAAGAAAAAGAAAAGGAAGAAGAAGAAGAAGAAGAAGAUGAAGAUGAAGAUGAAGAUAAAGAAGAAGAAGAAGAAGAAGAAGAAGAAGAAGAAGAAGAAAAUGAAGAUUUGCCGUGUACUCAUAUUUGACUUGCGCAGCCUCGUACACGUUACACCGAAACACCCUCGCACAGUCACAUACAUCCUAUACACGAUACCGCUACCAUUUAUUAUUACUGUAAUAUUACCGCUAUUACUAUUACUAUAAUCGGUUGCUUGUCGAUUCGUCUGGCGUCAAGCAGCAACCCAAACUACUAUGUAACGAUUUUUAUUGAUAACGAAAUAAGGAAUAAACUUUGAAGUAAUAAUUGUAAUUGAAGGUAACUCCCAAGCGUCGUCCACGUAUUCGUAUCUGUCUCAUAUACAUAUAUUUUAAAGUUUUCGUUUCGUUUGAGCAGAGAGAAAGAGAAAGAGAAAGAGUUUUCGAUUCCUUCGUUCCAUAAUCCGACGACUCCCGUUUUUUCGUGAUUUAUCGUGCAUCUAGCUACGCAAUGAGAAGAAAAGAGGAGGGUGUAUGCGCGUGUGAACGAACGAACGAACGAACGAAUGAGAACGAGCGAUAGAGUCAAGAAUUUAUACGCGCAAGAUUUCUACCUCUUAAAAUGCAAAGAGAGAAGCCAACUCUAAGGUCCUAAGAAGAAAGAAGAAUAAAAGCGCGAGUAA